UUGCCGACCUCUUCUCUUCGCCUCCUGUGAGGACUCGGAUUAGCUGCAGCCGGGGCGCCCCCGGAGGCCCCAGCUGGCGUUCAGUUCCCGGCGCGUUGGGCUGAGUUGAGGGCGCCUCCCUUCCCCUCUUGCAUCUCUUCCCAACCUGCCGUUGCCGCCGGUGGUCGAGAGACCCAGGGCUGUUCUCCCUCUCCCUCUUCUUUUCUUUCUUUUUUCUUUUUCCCCCCUCUGUCUGUGUCUGUCUGUCUUCCCUUCUCGACAUGGAAUUCUCCUUGAGGGUCCUCGUUUUAUCCUGGCUUUACCUGGAGACUUUAGGGGACUUCGACGGAAGGUGGCCCAGGCAGAUCCUUUCCACAACUGGAUUAUGUCGUUUUGGGAGCAGAGUGGAUUGCUGCUGGGGCUGGGCUCGCCACGCCUGGGGCCACUGCCAACCUUUCUACAUCUUAAGGCAGAGAAUAGCCAGGAUAAGGUGCCAACCCAAAGCUGUUUGUCAACCUGGAUGUAAGCAUGGAGAAUGUAUUGGUCCAAACAAAUGCAAAUGUCAUCCAGGAUACACUGGGAAAAUAUGCAACCAAGCUGCACACCUGUUUGCAACCUCUGCACACUGGUCCAGUGAAUCACCUUUUUUCACCACUGCGGAAGAUCAUGCCACAUAUUUGCCUUGGAGGGAUCUCAAUGAAUGUGGAUUGAAACCAAGGCCUUGCAAACAUCGAUGUAUGAAUACCUAUGGAAGCUACAAAUGUUAUUGUCUGAAUGGGUACAUGCUUAUGCCUGAUGGAUCCUGUUCUAAUGCUCUCACGUGUUCAAUGGCAAACUGUCAGUAUGGCUGUGAUGUGGUUAAGGGGGAAAUACAUUGUCGCUGUCCUUCACCAGGGUUACAGCUAGCACCAGAUGGCAGAACAUGCAUUGAUGUGGAUGAAUGCAUCACUGGGAGCGUUACCUGUCCCCGAUUCAGGAAAUGUGUCAACACUUUUGGAAGUUAUAUUUGCAAGUGUCAUAAAGGCUUUGAUUUGAUGUACAUUGGAGGCAGAUACCAAUGCCAUGACAUAGAUGAAUGCUCUCUCGGCCAAUAUCAGUGUGGAGGUUAUUCCCAGUGUUACAAUACACUAGGGUCUUACAAAUGUAAAUGCAAAGAAGGGUACAGAGGUGAUGGAUUAAACUGCAUAAGGAUUCCUAAAGUUAUGAUUGAUCCAUCUAACCCCUAUAGUGUAUUUAAAAGCAAUUCAACUUUUCUGAAAGGAAGCAGUGGCAUGACCAACAGAAUACCUGAAUCUGGUGGUACAAAAUAUCCCAUCCAAUUGCCAUAUAUACCAUAUGUAAUUACACCAAAGCCUUAUGUGAAGACAACAGCUAGAGCAACUGUGAAACCAACAUACAAACCAUAUACCAGAUUGGCAACACAACCUGCCACGACAAGAUCAGUUUUCAGGCCAGUGACAAGAUCUCCACCAGUGACAAGUCCUCCCCAACAACCCACAGUACCAUUUCAGCCUGUAAUAACAACAUCAAUGCCACAAGUAGUAACUGAGGAGCCUCUGCCUUUUCCUACUGAAACAACACCACAACCAGGAUUUACAGUUGACAAUUGGAUCCCAAUUGAGCCACAGAAACCCCGAGGAGAUGUAUUUAUUCCCCGCCAGCCUGGAGUGAACAAUCAUCUCUUAGAAACAUUUGAAAUUGAACAAGGGAUAAGUGCCAAUGAGGAUGAAGCAAAUGAUGAUCCAGGUAUUCUGAUCAAUAGUUGCAACUUUGAUGGUGGUUUGUGUGGAUGGAUCAAGCAAAAAAAUGAUGAUUUACACUGGGAACCUGUUAAAGACUCCUCAGGUGGACAAUAUUUAUCUAUUUCUCAACCCAAAGGGAAGGCAGGUCGAUUUGCCCGCUUGGUUCUCCCACUUGGCCAUUUAGCUCGCUCCGAAGAUCUGUGCUUAUCCUUUCAGCAUAAAGUGUCUGGAUUACACUCCGGUUUGCUUCAAGUCUUCCUAAGGAAGACCGGUAUUCAUGGGCCAGCAAUUUGGGGAAGGAACAGAGGUCAUGGUUGGAGUCAGACGCAUAUAACGUUGAAAGGACCUGGCAUCAAAAGUGUUAUUUUUAAAGGCGAAAAAGGAAAAGGAAGAACUGGGGAAAUUGGUUUGGAUGAUAUAAGUUUGAGAAAAGGCCAAUGUUCUCAGGACCAUUAGUGGUACAGAUGGGUGAAGAGAACAGACUUUCGUUGUCCAUGCCUAUCAUUUGAGACAUGUGGAUGAUUUAUAACUUCUCCUUUGUCUUUGUGAAAUCACAGUGGAUCUCCAUAUAAAUAAUUCAGAUUUUCUGUAUUAGCAAAGAAAGCUUAAACAGAAGAAGCCAUUAACAUUGGUUAACAUUGCCUGUGCUUUAGGAGGUUCUGAAUGGAGGAUAUAUACAUGUCCUUUAUGAAGAAAAGACUGCCUAAACGUCCUCAAAAAGAGUCAACAUCUGAAUCCAUGUCUUCUUUGUGUUUUCCAUUGGAUGAUUAUGGUUCAUUUUGUGUCACGAGCUGAAGUUACACCCAUUAUUAUUGUACUGCAUCAAUUUUUAAAGUAGAGUGUUUUGUGUGUCUCUGUGUGUAUAAAUAACAUUUAUCCCGUUAUCUUAUUGCAAAAGGCAGUUAAAGAGUAGCACUGCAAUCCUUAAUAUAGGUAGUGCUGUGUUCUGUAUAAAUAUGUAUUAUUAUUAUUAAUGUAUUUAUAUAUGUUGUAUAUUUGCAAACUCUAGUUGUAAGAUGAAAUAGCAUUUGCGCACGUUACAGUUAAACCAGCAAAACAGACUGGUAGUCCAAUAGCCAGUUCUUUUUAAAAUAUAUAAGACCCAGCAAUGUUCCUUGCCUUUCUAAACUCAAACAGUAGAAUAUUUUACAUGAUUGCAAAAAUGAAUAUAAUGUAAGUAUUACCAGAUUCAGGAGAAUUAGACUUCAGCAAUCCUGUUCUGAAAAGAAAAGCAUUCAUGACUGGUAUCAGCAGCUCAACUUGGCCUUAAUGGAUUUUAAUUUUUUUAAUAUAUUCAAGGAAAGUUUCUCAGAUAGCAAUUUUUCCUCUCUUAUUCAUAUUCUCGUAAGAAACAAAAUAGGUUUUUGUGGUUCAUAAGCAAAGAAACGCAGAAUGACUGGUCAUGUAUUAACCAGAAUUAUAUAGGUAGUCCUCAAUUUAACAACAGUACAUUUAAUGACCGUUCAAAGUUACAACAACAUUGAAAGAAGUGACUCGUGGUCAUUUUUCAUACUUACAAGCGUUGCAGCAACCCUGAUCAAAAUUUGGAUACUUGGCCACUGACUCAUAUUUAUGACAGUUGCAGUGUCACCUCUUCCGACCUCCUAACAAGCAAAGUCAAUGUGGAAGCCAGGUUCACUUAACAACUUAAUAACUGGAGUGAUUCACUUAACAAUUGUGUCAAGAAAAGACCUAAAUUGGGGCAAAAUUCACUUAACAAAAGUUUCACUUAGCAACAGAAACUUUGGGCUCAAUUGUGGUCGUAAAUCGAGGACUACCUGUACAUUAUUGCAUAAAUUCUAUCUACUGUGUCCUCUUUUCAGACGGUGUUGUCUUUAUUUCUGGGCAGAUGAUUUAAUCCACAUCAUAAGGAAGAAAAAUUGUUUCCUGAACAUAACAGGAGGGUUGCAAAAUGGCUCAGUUUCAGAUUGAUCAAAAAUCCGUCUUGCACAGUAUAGCAUAGAGAAAAACACACAACAAAAAUGCAGUCAAAUGAGGUAGAAAAGCCAAAGAGCUUUCGAUGCCUUAGAAUUUGGAUCUUUUAAUUCUUAUUUGCAAAAAUGGAAAGUUUAAAAAGUCUCCCCUUGCAUCCAGAUGGCAAUCACAUUGCUGGCAUGUUAAUCUCCCCAAGAAGCUAUCCAGGUGGUGGGGACUGCCAUGGAAAAUCCUCUUUUUCGUUGCCUCAAAAUGAGUAGAUCUUCAGCUGUUCCCAGUGUGGCUUGAUAGAAACAAAAGAGGUGGCCAACCUAUCCCAUUUUAUAAGUCCAAAAUAAUUUAGCUCUAUUUCUCAACUUACUCCAUAUCUGAAGUUGCUUCUUACUAACAUGUGAUUUCUUCCUGUAUUUCUCACAAUACACCAGAGGUCAACAAUAUGGUGCCCCUAAAAGCUGUUCAACCACCCCUCUCACCCAAUUAAUUAUAUAUAUUUAUUUCUAAAAUAUAUUCAAGGAUCAAAGUCUAAUUAGUUCACAGGGACAUUCUUGGAUAAGAUUGCAGGAUAUCUAAGAGUUAAAGUCAUUAAAAUUUUACACUUAUUAAAAGUUCGCAACAUCCAGACUAAACCAUUUAUAGAUAUGAUAAUUUUUGACAGAAAAAGAGUUUAUUAAGGCAUAGUACUUUGAAAAGAAGCACUAUAAAAGUAAAUCAAUGGUCUUUAAUACAUUCCAUUACAGUCGUUGGAACAGCUGAGCAGUUUUUUCCCCCAGUUGUAAUUGCAAUUUGCCUGUUUAGUCAAGCCAAUGUUUUUAGCAGAAAUAUCUUAGACCAGGGGGGUCAAACUCACGGCCCACAGUGCAUCAUGCGCUGGCCACACCCACCCCAGUUUAGCGAAGGGGGAAAAUGUGGCAAUACAUCAUGUGAUGACAACUUGUCGUCGCAAGUUUGACACCCCUGUCUUAGACCUACUCAAGCUAUUGGCAAGAUUUUUCUUCUUCUAAUUGUAUGGCUUUCUAAAAUACGGCAUGUAGAAUGUCAAUAUGGCAAGUUACAUUUCUCUGAUCAAAAGGAUGCUAUUUUAAAUAAGAAAAAACUGAUAUCCUAAAUGUAUUUUUUCAGUUGGACAAAUAAUGAAUUUUUGUUUUAAAACUUUUAAAAAAGUAAAAUUGUUACGUUUCAAUAUUGUCAUAGUACAAGACCAUCAAGCGUAAAUCUCUAAAAAUGAUAAAUGAACCCCUCUACAGAUAUAACUAUGAUUUCCUUUGGAGUUAGAGUUGUAAUAGUAAUAUAGUUACUAUAUUACACUACUUGUAAUCAAUUUUAAUUUAUGAGGGCAUGGUAGCCUAGAGGUGGAGCUCUUGCUUCACAAUCAGAAGGCUGUGAGUUCGAUCUUAGGUAGCGGUAGAUAUUUCUCUCUGUAUGUCAUGCCCCUAUCGGAGUCUGAAUCUGCGGAGGAAGAUGAGCUGGAACAAAAACUGAUAGCGAGUGAGAGGGCAGCUCCAUUGGCCUUGGAGGAAACUGGGGAAGGGCAGAGUCAGUCCAGGCAAGGCUGUUCGGAAUUAGCAAGGCCUGCAGGGAGGAGGGAUAGACAGAGACGAGGAGCAAGAACCACUCCCUCCUGAUGCAAGGGCAAGGAGAGUGCAGAGAAGGCAGGAUCAGUGCAGGCAGAGAAGAGAGUGCCCCACCUAGCUUCACCAGGAACACCUUAAGGGGAGGGGCAUUUAUCGGGAACAAACACCGAGUUCCUGAAGUGUUGUGUGCCAACUUUUGAACUUGCCAAGAGUCCUUGCAUUCCUUAUUGGCGUUCUGGACUAAUUAUCUGGAUCUUCUGCUCCCUGAACUCCUUACUUGGCUCUUGGUUUGCCAAAAUACAUUUGGGAUUUAUUGUUGUGUAGCCUUGGUGCAGACAGCGCUAGGCUGGAUUAAUUGCAGCCACAGGCUGUUUGAGGUUUGUGUGGGUGUUGUUCUCACUCUGCUUUAGGACUUGUCCGUAAUGUGGGAGCAUUUGGGGAGAUUUGGAGCAGUAAAGGAGCUGCCAGCUGUUUGUGUUAUCUCUGUGCCGUGCCCUGGGUCAUCACACUCUGGGUGCAACAAAUAAUUGUCUGCUGUGAACUCCACGUAGGUGUCAGGAAAGGCAUCUGGCCAGUAAAUGCUUGAGCUCUGUUUAGUCACCCAUACUCCACCCGAUGCAAGAGAUUAAAGGGUCAUUAAAAGAAAAAAUCAAUUUAAAUUUAUCAAAUGAAACAAUAACAAAAGCUACAUGUUUAUAAACUGAAACUGAUUUUUAAAGUCCUUUUCAUAUGUACAGCUCUAUAAAAGCUUCAGAGACCACAGAUUUAUUGUUACACACUACAAUGCAGAGAAGAUAGACAUGCAAAUCUGAAUCAAACUAGUGCUCCUCAGUGUCAGUGGAUUUGCAUAUCUGAUAAUCAACUAUGACUCUGGGAAAGUAAGAAUUUUGUCCUCUUUCACAGAGUUGAAAGCGUUGAAUAUGUUACAAAAACUUAACAUUUUUGACGUAAUAACAAUUGUAAUGGAGUAAACGAAGCGUUUUGUAGAAUAAAUAGAUUUGGAAUGCAAGCUACAGGAGAACAGCCCUGCCCAAAAUCCUCUUUAAGUGAAUUGGUUUUAUCAAGAGCAAUGGAGAAAGAAAUCUUCACUUGAUAUCUGGAUAUAGAAUGAGGAAGUGCUUCAUAUUUGGCCAAAUACUUCUAUAUUAUUCCUGAAUUAUGCUGGCAGUAUUAAAUAAUACUCUCUUUAAAUUAUGCCUUGAUCAUGCUAUAUGAAAACUAUAUGCAUGUUUAUAUUUUCUAAAGCUAAGAAUAGAAUAGAAUAGAAUAGAAUAGAAUAGAAUAGAAUAGAAUAGAAUAGAAUAGAAUAGAAUAGAAUAGAAUUCUUUAUUGGCCAAGUGUGAUUGGACACACAAGGAAUUUGUCUUGGUGCAUAUGCUGUCAGUGUACAUAAAAGAAAAGAUACAUUCGUCAAGAAUCAUAAGGUACAACACUUAAUGAUAGUCAUAGGGAACAAAUAAGCAAUCAAAUCAUUAGGAAACAGUCAAUAUAAAUCGUAAGAAUAUAAGCAACAAGGUUACAGACAUACAGUCAUAAGUGGAAGGAGAUGGGUGAUAGGAACGAUGAGAAGAUUAAUAGUAGUGCAGACUUAGAAAUUAUUUAAUUAAAUAAGAAUGUAUACUUUUUUGAUAUAAUCCUUGAUUUUCCAAUGAAUCUACUCAAUCUUAAUUCCACUUAAUGGGCUUCUAUUGGAGUGAAUAAGAUAUAAGAUCAGCUAGGAAUGUCAUGUUUGUGUUGUAAUAUGUAGGCAAUUCAAAAUGAAGGUGUUAUGAUUCAGCCCUUAUACACCUCAUCUAUAUCAGGCUCCUCUUUCAAUAGGCAGACUGUUAACUAUUUUCUAGAUGGAAACAAUUCCCCAAUAAAGAUAUGGGUUGCUGCUUCUAAUAGCAAUGAAUUGAAAGAGAUUGGCUUCUGAAAAAGUAAAAUGUAACUCACAGAGGCAUGAAUUGCUUCCAUAUUUGGUUGUCCUGCUUAUAGAAUCAUAGCAAAAUAGGAACUCGUAAAUCUUGAGUGAAUCACAUGAGCACCAUAUGCGAAGAUAACUAAUGGACUUAGUGUUUGGAGAAAUGCCCUUCCCUUUGAAUGAUCAAACCAAUGUGAAGAGCAGAUGCUAAAGUCACAUGCAUAUAUUUGGUUCAGUGUCUGUUGAGUUGUCAAAAGAUUUUCUGUUGAGAAUUAUUUUCUGGAAACUUCUUGUGACAGGUUAAUGCAUCAAUUUCUAAAAUUAUUUGUUAUGCUCCGAAUUCAUAAAAGCAGCAAUAAUGGAUUUUCAUGUAAGCUAUUACUCCUAAGUUGUAGGUAUAUUUGUGGAAGUAUACAAAUAAAUAAGUAGAAUACAUAUAUAUUUAAGGAACAUGGUGUUGUGUCACACAAUAUUUAUGAUAAUUUAUACAGACCUACCUGACUCUCACCGUAUAUGUGGUCUUAGAAAGAGUAUGUUAUGUGCAGUAGAUGGAUUUUUAAAUCAUCAUUUAUGAAGGUGAGAAAAUGCUCCAGAGCAACAAAUUGAGCUAUAUCUAAAAGAUGCACAUCUGAAUCUUUCAUCUAUAUUUAAUUGGCAUAUAUUCUUUUUUUUGAGAAAUGUUAGUAUUUAAACAUGCCUAAAGUCCAUGAUUAAUUAAUGGCACCUAGGUGCAUCUAUAUAAUAACUUAUCUAUCUUUUCUUCUUUUGAUUACUGUCUUCAUAACUGUCAAAAUAGUUUUUUGAUAUACACACCCUAUUAAAAUGAUAUGGUAUCCUUGUUUAAUCUAAUUAUGUUUUACUCAGUUGUUCAGAUAUGCAAGACACAUUCAUAAACCAUGAACUAACACAGGAACUUUAUACAAAACAAUAUACUAAGAAUUUCUCACUAUAUGCAAACAGUGUGGAUAGGUAUUAAGUAUGUCUGUUAAAUCUGGAUUAUAUAUGAGUAUUAAAAAAUGGAAUCAGUUCAAAGAAUACACAACACCCAUGCACAUAGCCACACAACCUUUCUUGCCUUUAGGUUAUCCAAUACUUUGACAUUAAUAUCAAUGUCCUGAUGUUCUUAUUUCCUUUAUUGGUGGGAAUAAGGCUUUAACAUAACAUAGUUUCACUUGUUUUAUAUGUUGGAUAUUUUUGGAUGAAGGAUACAACCAAAAGAUACCAUAAAAUCAACAGUAUUUCUUAAACUGUACUUCUUGAUUAAGUUUUGUCUUGCAGUAAUGGGAGGUUAGUUCUUUAACGGCUCAACCAGUUUUUAAAUCUUUUGAAUUAAAAUUCAUUUAUUUCUA